ACAAGAUUUAGCAUUCUUAAAAUGACUAAAUAAGGUAUUAUUUAUAAAUCUAAAUUAAUAUUAUUUCAGAUGAUUUUAGAAAAUAUUUAGAACGAAUAGAAUGAUGAAAAGGUGUAAAAACUUAAAGAAGAGUUUUAAGCUUUAAUAUAGAGGAUUUAAUGGAAAAAGAAAAAGUAUAUUGAAUUAAAAGAAAUAAUGAAUGAGGAAAAUCUUAUGAUUAAUUUUUUCGAAAAGGGUAAAUGUUUAUUUUAUGCUCUAUAAAAUAGGUGAGGAUGGAGUACAUUAAACAAGAAGAGGAAAUAAUAGAAUAUAGAUAGGCAAAACUAGAAAAUAUGAAUGCAAGGUAUGUAAAAAAACAUAUGAUAAAUAUCAAUAACUUGGAGGACACUUAAGAAAAGGGCAUCCUAAAAUUUUAUGUUCAAAAGAUAGUUCUUUUGAGGUAUAACCUGAAGAAAUUUGAAAAUAG